GAUUCUCGUUUAGUUGAAUGUUUACUUAUUUAUUAAUGUAGUGCAGCCUUGAUAUUUUCGCUUAAGCGUCUUCCCGCUUGAUUGCAAAAAAAUUAGAAUCUUACCAUAAGCUUUUAUUCGAAUUGAUUAGCAUUUUUUAAAUAAACCCUUUGCGUGGAAAAUAUAAAAAACAUUAAAUCAAGGCGUAUAAAUUGAAAUUGAAUCAAAUAACAGCAUGCCUGAUAUAACUCCAUUAACUGAAGGAGUCAUUCCUCGUAUUAUGAAUGGCGAAGAUAUUGAAGCACCUAUCCUACAAAUUUUGGGUGUUAAGAAAAUAAAUACUGCCGAAAGCGAGCGCAUACGCAUUCUCAUCUCGGACGGUCAAUACUUUAAUAGCUACGCAAUGCUUUCUACUCAUUUGAAUUUCCUAUGCGAAGACGAACAGCUAAAGGAAAACACGAUUAUUAGAGUAGAUAAAUAUAUAACAUCGAUAGUAAGCAAAAACGAUGCUGGAAAACGUGUCUUCAUUGUUAUGGGCUUGACCAUUUUGCAUCCAGGCGAUCAGGUGCAGAAGAUUGGUGAACCCGUCAAUUUGUUAGACGCACCUGCUUCAUCUGCUCAGAAAGCGGCUCCUACUCCAACUUCGUUACCGUCCACUAGCAAUAAUAAAUCUAAAUCGGCCAAGGAAAAUAGAAGCUUUUCCAACGGCAACAACAAGAAUACCAAUCUCGAUCAAUCAAUCAAUGCUGGUUUAACUAAUCCAAUAGCUAGUUUGAGUCCAUAUCACAAUAAGUGGGUAAUAAAAGCCCGCGUUACUGCAAAGUCCGCAAUACGCAGUUGGAGUAACGCGAGAGGUGAAGGUAAACUGUUUAGCAUGGACUUAAUGGACGAAUCGGGAGAAAUAAGGGCUACAGCCUUUCGUGAGCAAUGCGACAAAUUCUACGAUAUCAUACAGGUGGACCAAGUCUACUUCAUAAGCAGGUGCCAAUUGAAGCCGGCAAACAAACAAUUCUCUACACUUAAAAAUGAUUUUGAAAUGACUUUUACUAAUGAGACAGUUGUACAGUUAUGUGAGGAGGAUGCUUCUGGUAUACCAGAAAUUAAAUAUGACCUAGUGCCCAUUUCCCAAGUCGCAAAUAUGGAACCUAAAGCGGCCGUUGAUGUUGUGGGUGUAUGCAAGGAAGUUGGAGAGCUACAGAUCUUCACUUCACGCACAACAAACAAAGAAUUCAAAAAACGUGAUCUUGUUCUAAUUGAUACCAGUGAUGCUUCUGUGACUCUAACAAUAUGGGGAGAGGACGCUGUCAACUUUGAUGGCCACGUUCAACCAGUCGUAUUGGUAAAAGGUGCCCGUAUCAAUGAAUUUAAUGGAGGCAAAAGUCUAAGCCUUGGCAAUGGUUCUAAUAUGAAAAUUAACCCUGAUAUACCUGAAGGCCACAAAUUACGUGGCUGGUUUGAUAACGGUGGCGGGGAAAAUAUUAAAAACCCCGUUUCUGCUCGUACUGGCGCUAUUGGUGUCAGUGCAGAGUGGCGUACUUUUCUUGAAGCACGUAAUCUUGGUACAGGUGAUAAACCAGAUUAUUUCCAGACUAAAGGCGUUGUAUAUUUGAUAAAAAGUCAAAACGCCUUCUAUAAAGCAUGUCCUCAACAGGAAUGCAACAAAAAGGUGAUUGACGAGAACAAUGGACACUAUCGCUGUGAGAAAUGUAAUGCGGUGUUCCCUAAUUUUAAAUUCCGACUUUUGAUAAAUAUGAACAUUGGCGAUUGGACGUCAAACCGUUGGGUGACAGUUUUCAGCGAUUUGGCUGAACAGUUACUAGGCCGUUCCGCUCAAGAAAUUGGUGAAACUAUGGAAAAUAAUCCUACUGAAGCUGAAGAAAUAUUCGCUUCAAUUAACUUUCUUUCAUACAUUUUUAAAAUACGUUCCAAAGUUGAAACUUUUGGGGAUACGACUCGUAACAAAUUAACUGUUCAGUCAGCCACACCAGUCAAUUACAAGGAAUAUAACAAACAUUUGAUCAGCAUUAUAAAGGAAUUAACCGGCAUUAACAAAAUUUAAGAAUUCCUUUUGCUCCGAAAUAAGUUUAUUACAUUUAAAAUACGUAACACGUAAACGACUAUAUAUGUAUAGAAUGCGUUAUUGAAUUUCUUAUGAAUUAUUUGAGUAAUUAAUUGAAAUAAAAAUAAAAAAAAUUGCAAUAAAUUA